AUGAAAAUAAUAUUAAUCAGUGCAGUACUUCUGCACGUGUCGUGUUGCUACGCUUACCCCGCGCAAGGUGUAUCGUCAUACGCCUAUCAAGAUUCGGCAGGAAACAGGUACGGCGGAACGUACGACCAGAAGGAUAAAGUCAUACGUAACAGUGACCCCUUCACCGUACCAUUCAACAACGUGAACUCGUUCUUCCCCGAUUAUUUUACAAACUUCAACAAUAUACUUCCACAGAUUUUCGGUUCUGAUUUUGAGGGCCAACGAUUGGCGUCAUAUGCUGCUCGUAAAGCUUACGAUCUAACUUAUAACCAUAUUGGUUAUAAUCCGAAUUUCUUCAGGUUCUCACCUUUCUCUGCUGGUUUCCCAUACUUUGGACAACAAGGAUACCCAGGCAUGGACCCAAAUCUGCAAUCAGCCCUCGCAAUUGCAAUCGCAGGACCAGAUUUCACCCAUCAAGUGGCUGCUAUUGAUCCUAUUAAUAUUGAUAUGCCAAAUGUGGAUUUAACUAACCGAUUCAACGAAGAAGUUGUCAAUGGAAAUCCAAACGGAGUCUACAGCGUUUCUAGUACAUCAAUCGCAAAAAACAUAGAUGGAAAAGGCUACAGAGAGGCCGAAACCGUUAUUAAUAAUAAUGGAAAAAUUACUAAGUAUAAAGUUCACAGU